AUUUUUCUUGACAAGGAUGGCAAAGAAAUCGGUGAGGCAGUGAGUCAUGGUGCUGAAAUCGUCGACGCAGAAUCGUCCAAGAAGAUGGGCACUGUAACAACGGCACUUGGCUCCCGGGGAUUCGCUCUUGUGAGACUGGAAGCGGUUUCCAAACCGCUAAGCAUCGGUGGCGGGAUGGCAAGCAUACAGGUGAAGGUCUUACGACCCAAGUGGUGGCUGCAUCAAUGGGACUGAUCGGGAUAAGUUUCUGGGAAACAAACAAAGAGGCAACGAACAGAAGUCUCGCUGAGGAAGCUUCCGAGCUUUGUCCUGAUUUGCUAUUUAGCGGAUGGAGCAGGGUGGGGGUGAAUAGCAACUAAAAAUGGACGGGAAGCUUUUGGUUCUCGUCGUGCUCAUCGCUUUGCUACGAUCUUCAUCUCCAGCAGAAUCGAAGGACUGCUCCAGAUCUUCCAGAAUUCAGAAGAAGACUUACAAGUCUCCAGCCUUUGCUCUGGGACCGGGAGAGGUCCAAGACCGAAACUACGAGCUCGAGUUUCCCAAAGGUCAUCUCGGUGUCAAGAACUUCCAGGGAGAGGUUGUAGACGAGCUUGGGAAUCCCGUGCCUCUGAGCGACGUCUAUCUGCAUCACUGGGUAGUGUUUAGCCUCUAUGUGAAGAGCUCCGAGAGAAAAGAGCUGGUAAGAGGCGGCUUCCAUCAUGGACAGGAUCGUCUAGGCUCGCCAUCGGCUAUAAUCGCUGGAAACGAUGGAAUUUGUCAGCACAACGUCCUGUCGCAGUUCUGGGGUCUUGGAUCCGAGACGAGGCACACGAGCUACUUUGUUCCAGGCUCCUAUGCUAUCGGCGUUGGGAAUCCUCCAGAAGGCUACGAGGAGCUCUGGGUGCUCAACGUCCAUGCCAUCGACACCAGAGGAACAUAUGAUCCCCAAGGAUGCCUCGAGUGCCGCUGCAGCUUGUACAACGUCACAACAGACGCCUCUGGACAGCCUUUGAAGCAGGGCUACAAAGGCGGUCUGCACUGCUGCUACGAGGGGACUAAAUGCGCAGUGAAGCCGGGAUUUCAAGCACCAAAGAAGACUCUUUACAUGCAAUACACCAUCGAAUGGGUGGAGUGGGACGAGUGUGUCCUGCCUGUUCGUGCUUAUAUAUUCGACAUCACAGACAGCAGGAAGCGGGAUCCAAUCGACCGUCACGUUGGCUGCAAGAUCGAGUAUGACGUUCCUGCUUGCGACCCGUCCUCGAAUCCCGAUUGUAUUUAUCAGCUGGAGAAUCACCUGGUGAUUCCGAAAGGGGGUAGCAUUAUCUACGGAGUAGCGCAUCAGCACGCUGGAGCCAUGGGCAUGACCAUGCAUGGAGAGGAUGGUCGGCACUUGUGCUCCUCGAUUGCUCUAUACGGGAAUGGAUCAACUCCUGGAAACGAAGCUGGCUACGUUGUUGGGAUGUCUACGUGCUUCCCCGAGCCAGGGACUGUGACGGUCGCGAGCGGUGAGAAGCUCCACUUGUCCUCGUCUUAUAGCUCCGCCCAGGAGCACACGGGUGUCAUGGCGCUCUUUUAUCUCAUCUUGAGCGACGAUGAUACUGUGUCUCUGAGGCAAUUCAAGGACGUCAAAAACAGAGUUAAUGUGAUGGCGGUCACGCUUGCGAUCGUUGCGGUGCUGGCGCUGGUGGUCGGAUUUAGCAUCUGGAAAAAGAAACGAGAGCCGCAUGGAGGAUACAGUGCAUUGCUCUAGGAUUAUAAUUUUCGUAUCUCUCUCCUGCUUGGAUUCAUUUGAGAGAAAAAUGUUGGUCUAUGAAAAAAUCUUUUCAUGCUACA